UUUAAAAGUUUGUUUUAUCUCCCGGAGAUCUCAAUAUUGAAAAUAUUAUUUUCUGGUGAAAUGUGAGAACAAAAUCAUGUCUUUCAAACACCCACAGCACUCUUAUUACAGUAAAGAUCGUACACUAAAGAAUGUCAAAGACUUGGAACGACUAAAAUCCAUUUCGCCAGAAAAGUGUGGACGGGAACUUUGUUUGAGUCAUGUUCCUUAUAACCUGCUCAACAAAUUGAAAUCCGUCAUUUUACAUUCCCAAAUUGAAAAAAUAAUUUUGAUUUCCUGUUUCGACGAUCCAUUCCAUACACUACAAAUCCUUGAAUCGAUGCAAAGAAAUGAUUGCUUAUUUAGCGUACAUUUGAACUUACUGGACAACGUUCAUAACAAUCAGUGUGUUGCUGCUAUUAUAGACCUUAUCACCCGCGGGGUUGUCAAUUCCAUCGAAGUUCCAAGAGAACUUAACGAAGAAAACUCUGAAAGGUUGUUGGCCGGAAUAUUGAACAGCCAAAGAGAAUUGAAGAUUGUCAACUUGAAUGGCUGUACUCUAAACACUACAGCUUUGGGCCACUUACAAGAAUUAUUGGCAAAAGGAAGAAUUUCUAAAGAACUCAACUUUGCAAACUGCCUAGGAUUAUGUAAGUCAAAAUUAACAACCAUGGACAAAUCAGAAAUCCAAAAGGCAUUGAACUUUGGUAAGAAACAGACAAGACAAAGCCCCAAAGUCAAGUGGUUCGAUGUUGUAGAGCACAUAGAAGACGUUGGCGUGUAUCGCGGCAGGAUAAAAGUCUCGUUCAAAAAGGUAGUCAGAGUGGUAUACAACCGAGCAACUAAGCGUAAAGAGGAGAGGGUAAUACAACUUGUGCGACUCGGAUUAGAUGCUUGGCAGCAAUACAAGCCAGGAAGCAAACGGAGCAACCAAUCCGAUAACGCAAACAUAGCAGAGAAAAGAUCUGGGAUAGACGACGAAAUGGAAAGAAUUUCCGAGCAAUUAGCUUCCCAGAAAGUUUCAGACAAAAAGGAUUCGUCAAAAUGGAAAAGAUUUAAGACCGGUGCUUGGAGGAAGAGGAAGAAAGCUCCCGAUUUUUCGAAUGCGCUGAUGAAAGACUCCGAUAAAGUUAAAGAAGACAAUAGAUCUAUACAGCAGCCAUAUAAUGAAAGACAGCGGUAUUGUACGAAACAACGAAAUGAUGACAUGACACGACAUUCUGAGCAGACAUUUGAAAAAUCUUCUCAACAAAUCUACGCGGAGGUCUACAAGGCACCAGAAGACUCAGCAAUGGACGAAUGCUUCGACGAACUUUCUACACCUCAAGAUUCAAAGGCAUCGCCACCCGGGAUUCAAUAUGGCGCCCUACGUGAAAGACAAUUACCAGAUUCCACUAGGGUGGGACCAAGAGCCAGUUCUGAUUUCGGCUCUCGGUAUCAGUUCCCGUAUGCAGAUGAACAACCCGAUCACCAAGCUCACGCAGACCUGCCGGUUCAACCCACCAGUCGUUCUGCAUCUAUGUCCCCUCAAUUUGUGAACCCAGAUGGAGAAAGAAAUCAACGUCGAAGCCAUCGUUCUUUAUCCUGUUCGAUUGAACCUCAAAGAAACGAACGUUUAGUCAAUCCUAGACAAGGUGCCCCAUCAAGCGGUCGUGGUGGAAGGCGCAAUCAGGUCAGCGGCAACAAUACUAUAUCACAACAAUCAGCCGCAGGCGCAGCAUUUCAAAAUCACCAACAAGGUCGCAGUAACAAUAACAACAAUAUAAUGCGACCAAUGACUAGGGCAUAUUCCCGAGAAAUUGCCUCGCGCGGUCGUGGUGGACAACGUGGUGGCAACAACUCCAUGCGACGACAAUCUGCUGGAGCCUCCGCAUCCCAAGUUUUAGAGCAAGCCAACGCCCUGAGACAAGGAAUUAACGGGUCCAGUGUUAUUUUUAUAAACCCGACAUUCAACGACUAUAAAACAGUAAGUGGAACUAAUGUUGCGAUGGACAACUCUCAGUUCAAUAUUCGAGAUCAGAACAGACCAAAUGUUAUUAACAAUGGAAGCCUACCUCAGCAGGCACCAGCAGAAGACCAAAUGGAGCAUGAUGCAGACGACCAAGGUGAACCGCAAAUACACGACCAACCAGGAGAAAAUAUAAGGCACCCUGAAGAUGACGAUGCAUCGGACGAGGACAACUUUGAAGAUGCUCACGAGAACUUGUAACAAGCGAUAUAAUCCAACCGCAAUUCACAUGCCAUGACACUGCACAGCGUGUAAUUAAACGAUGCAGGGAAUGCCGGGCAUAAAAAGUCUCGGUUUUCUCCAAAGACUUGGUGAUUUUUAGGUGUCAAUGACUGCUUGUAUAGAGCCUUGUUUGGAGGUACGUCUUGAUACGAACCAGAGAAAUCGGUAAAUCAUUCGUAUUACCAAAAACGAUUGUUAUUGAACCCGUAAUUUGGCUUACAGAACAAUCUUGCCAGAAAUCAAACGUGUGGCAAAAGAGAGAACAAAAUAAAACUCAGUCAUGGCGAUGAGCCUAAUGAUGUUGACAUGGAAAGUUGGAAAUGUCCACCACCUAACUGAGUGUAAUGUACUGGUUAAAAAAUGCCUAUGUGAAUAGCUGCUGGUAUCAGUGGGAGCUUGUAUAGCGUCUAAUGUCGGGUGUAAUCUUGA